UGAAAGAGCCUGGGGAGACGGGGCGGAGAUUUGCGUCUUCACCACCCAUUUCCUCCUUAUGUGUCUGUAAUGAAUCUGGUUGAAUGAUGAAAUAAAGGAAAAAGGAAAAAAGUUUGAUAAAUUGAUGGCUUGGGGGGAGAUCUUGUUAUUUGUGAGUCGUAAGCAUGAUGCCGCCGCGUUUCAAUAUAACUCUUUUGUUUCUUUGCAUGCUUGGGUUGCUGAGGUGCCUAACCCUUAGCCCUGCCGCUGCUCUCACUUACUUAAACAAUUCCUGUCCACAGACUCCAAACACAACUGCUGCUAUCAGCCCAAAUACCACCUACCAAACCAAUCUCAAUUUGCUUCUCUCCUUUCUUUCUUCAAAUGCUACCAUCGACUCCGGAUUCUACAACGCCACCGUGGGGCGGGAACCUUCCGAUGUAGUUUACGGUCUUUUUCUCUGCCGAGGUGAUCUUAGCCCUCAACUCUGUCAAGAGUGUGUGGGGGCUGCCACUAACAAGUCACGCGACCAGUGUCAGGGAAUAAAGGCGGCUGUUAUUUGGUAUGACGAGUGCAUAUUGCAUUACUCAAAUCAGUCCAUCUUCUCCACACUCAUAGAAGAGCCGAUACUGAUGAUGCGCAACACGGUGAAUCUCACAGACCCAGAUGGAUUCAAUCGGACACUGCAAGGUAUAAUGGACAGCAUAAGAACUCAAGCUGUGAAUGAUCGAUCUGGCAAGAAGUACUAUGCCACCAAAGAAGAAAAUUACUUAGCGCCACAAAUGGUACAAAGGGUGUAUAGCCUGGUGCAAUGCACACCAGAUUUAUCCGCCACCCAGUGCAAUCUAUGUCUUUUGGGAGUGGAAGACUAUCUUCAAGAAUGCUGCAGUGCACGUCAAGGGGCAAGGGUCGUGUUUCCAAGCUGUAGUUUUAGAUAUGAAUUUUAUCCUUUCUACACAGCUGAGGCAGGGGCCGAAGCACCAGCUCCUACACCUCUGCUUCUUCCUCCUGCUCCACCUUCACAACCCACCACUGAAGGAAAAGGUGGAAUAUCUUCACAAACAAUUAUCACCAUUGUUGUUCCAACAGUUGUCUCUGUGGGGAUCUUUUAUAUUUUAUGCUACUGCUUCAUAAGCAGGAAAGCAAGGAAGAAAUACAAUACAGAAGAGGAAAAUGGUAAGAUAUUAGCACCUAAUCCAAAGGAUCCUCUGUUUCUUGUAGUAGUGAUAUUUACAAUUAAUGUUGAACAUAGAAACCCCUCUUUUUUUUCCUUUUUUUUUUUUUUUUUUCUUUUAGCAGUGGAGAAUGAUAUCACGACCGUGCAGUCAUUGCAAUUUGAUUUUGGUACACUUCAAGCUGCUACAAAUAACUUCUCUGAUGAUAACAAGAUUGGUCAAGGUGGAUUUGGUGAUGUAUACAAGGGUACACUUUCUAGUGGUCAAGAAAUUGCUAUAAAGAGGCUAUCUAGAAGUUCAGUGCAAGGUGCAGUAGAAUUCAAGAAUGAGAUUGUGUUGGUAGCCAAGCUUCAACACAGAAACCUAGUGAGGUUAUUGGGAUUUUGCUUGGAAGGGGAAGAGAAGAUACUUGUCUAUGAAUAUGUGCCCAACAAAAGCCUUGACUGCUUUGUGUUUGAUCCUGAUAAACAAGGACAACUGGAUUGGUCAAGACGGUAUAAUAUUAUUGGAGGAAUAGCUCGAGGGGUUCUUUAUCUUCAUGAAGAUUCUCGGCUCAGAGUUAUACACCGUGAUCUAAAAGCCAGCAAUGUUUUGUUAGAUGGUGAUAUGAACCCAAAAAUUUCGGAUUUUGGCAUGGCAAGGAUUGUUGGAGUAGAUCAAACUCAAGGAAAUACCAACAGAGUUGUUGGCACAUAUGGCUACAUGUCUCCUGAGUAUGCAAUGCGUGGACACUUCUCUGCUAAGUCAGAUGUAUACAGUUUUGGUGUCCUCGUUUUGGAGAUAAUAAGUGGCAAGAAGAACGGUAGCUUCUAUGAAUCAGGCCAAACUGAGGGCCUUCCAAGCUAUGCAUGGAAACUUUGGAGGGAUGGUACACCCCUGGAAUUGAUGGACCCAAUGAUGGGGGACUCUUACGCAAGAAAUGAAGUCAUUAGAUGCAUACAUAUGGGUUUAUUAUGUGUUCAAGAAGAUCCUGAUGACAGACCAUCCAUGGCAUCAGUAGUCCUCAUGCUCAGCAGUUACUCUGUUACUCUACCAUUGCCUCAACAACCAGCAUUCUUCAUUCGCAGUGGGACGCAGUCGGGCUUUCCAAUAAAUGCACUGGAAUCAGAUCAAUCUGCAAGCAAGUCAACGCCAUGGUCUCUGAAUGAAACAUCGAUUUCUGAACUAUAUCCUAGGUAGGCUGAAUAUAUUAGGCAAUCUCAGAUAUACUUAAAUAAAAAGAAUGAACUUGAUUUCUAAGGUUAAUGUGGUUUUUGACUGCUCGAAACCUUGAAUUAACGUAUUUCCUAGUUACUAGUCAUAAUGUUUUACCAUUUGGAAACAACCUAAUAGUGAGGUGUGUGUUUUUUCAAUUUA